GUCAAUGUGUGCCAGAGAUCUGAGAGAUUCAUCGAAACCAGACAGAGAGGCUUGAAGCUCCGCCUCCUCCUGUGUCAGGUAUAAAAGUAAAGUACAUGUGAUGAUCAGAGCAGAGAGAUGUCGACAUGGACAUGAAUCCCCUGCUGCUGCUGAUGCUGCUGAUGCUGUGGAGCUCAGGACUCCAGGCUGAAGUGAAACACAAUUCAACAGAGUUUGUGAGGUUGGUGGGAGGAGCCAGUCGCUGUGCAGGCACACUGGAGCUGAAGCAUCAGGGAGAAUGGAGACCAGCCUUUAUAGGAGGCUUUCACAUGAAGGCAGCAGCCGCUGUCUGUGAACAUCUGAACUGUGGCUUUGUUGUUUCUUUACGAAUCAUAGAGAUGUCCUAUUCCACAUCUAUGUGGCUACUUAGAGAUGAAUGUCAUCCUUCUGAUUAUCAUCUGCCAAGAUGUGUACUGUCAUGGGAUGAUUCUUCAGUCCGGGAGCUCACCUGUUCAGACUCUGUGAGGCUGCUGAAUGGGACCAGUCUGUGUUCAGGCAGACUGGAGGUCAACUACAACCAGUCUAACCAGUCCAAGCAGAGCUGGACCUCCAUGUGUGAAGAUCAUUUUGACCAGCAGGAUGCAGAGGUGGUCUGUAGGGAGCUUGGCUGCGGGCCUCCCUCAGCCCUCCAGGGGGAGCUCUAUGGAGAUGUGGGGGCUCCAGUGUGGAGCAAAGAGUUCCAGUGUGAAGGCCAUGAGUCUACUCUCCUGGACUGUAGGAGCUCAAACUCUACUAGAAACAGCUGCUCACCAGGCAAAGCUGUUGGACUCACCUGCUCAGAGCCUAUCAGGUUAGUGGAUGGAGCCAGUCGCUGUGCAGGUACACUGGAAGUGAAAAUAGGAGAGUGGAGACCAGUGCAUACAUUCCGCAUGACCCUGAAGGAAGCAGCUUCUAUUUGCCAACAUCUGAACUGUGGCCCUCGUGUUUCUUUAAAACAGAAGCCCUCAGAAAGACCUCUGUGGGCUCCCAGACUUUACUGUGAAAUUACUUAUUUUUCUGCGAUGGGGUGUUUAAAACACACAAUCAUUAUCAGUUCAUCAUGGGCUUUUCCUCCAGUCCUGGUGCUCACCUGCUCAGAUAAAUGGUGGACAGCUCCAUAGUAGAUGGUAAAACUCUGGCCUGGUGGACUGUAACCUGUCAGCUGACACACUAGCAACCAUUAGUUCAGUCAGAGAUUUAACUUUUUUUGCUUUAAACAGUCUUCAGCUGUAUUGAUUCUACAUUCAAUGAGAUUCUAACUGAAUGCAUCAUGGGAAAUCUACAACAAUCGAGGCCUGUUAUAGCCUAACUAAGGGAGGAUUCAAACGGAGAAGGAAAGUUUUAAGUCUAAUCUUCAAUGUAGUGAGGGAGUGUAGAGGCCAAAUCCUUGCGUUGCGUUUGAAUGGUAUAUUUUUAUUUUCUUUGUACUGUCGAUUUUCACUUCAGUGGAUUAGUUGGGAGUAAUAAGGAUCAUUUUCUGCAGAAGCACAGGCUUAUAACCAGCUGUGUGUGAACGUUCAUCCUGUUAGGGUCAGUUAAUCCAUCCAGUGGAAAGAUAUCCUGAACAUGCUGAUCUCGCCGCGUGGUACACAGGACACAGCAGAUGGACUGCUUUUUACCCCCAUGAUUAAUAUUCACAAUGAAAAUAUUAGAUUAGAAUCCAGAAGUCUGUACAAUCUGUUUCAUAGUUUCUAACAAGUAUAAUCUCUUUUAAUAAAGAUUAUGUGUGUAUACACA